CUUAAAACGCCUCGGUGGAAAUAAGCACAAAAAAAAAGAGUUGUGCUUAAAAUGAUCUUUUCUGUGUGUCUGACUCUGCAUCUAUGUGUUAUCUCUCUUUCCAGCCCAGUUUACAUUGUGAGCACACAAAGACUGAAAUAAUUGUGGGAACGCUUCCCUCAGUAUAACACACCUCCAGAAGCAGACAGACACACAAACAGACAUCAUGGGGAUUGCGGUCUACAAUAUCUCCUCCACUUCUGCCAGAGUGAGCUGGCCGUCGUCUCCUGGCUGCCUGGACACCUUCUACAGCGUCAUGUACGACCCCAACUGGAACAGUCUGCUGAUGGGCUACAAGCGCAAGACUUUCAUGCACGAGGAACGCAUCCCCGUCAGUCAGACCAGCACGCACCUGGCCAACCUCCUCCCUCAGACCGCCUACUUCUUGUGCGUGACAUGUCAGGCUGCCAAUCCGGUUCGGGACCAGUGCCAGGUGUUCAGCACUCUGACCGAGAGCAACGACGGUCACGACAGGGCCGGCUGGGAGCUCGCAAUGGGUGUCUGGCUGACCUGUUGCAUCUUGCUCCUGGUCAUCGCUGGCAUCCUGUUGUGGGGAUGUCUCCACAACACCUGCUCCAUCGCCAGCCAGGCUGCCGACAGCUGCAACACGGCGACCAACGCGGCCCGCCAAGACACCUCUGGAUCCAGACAGCUCUACACUCCCAGUGGCAGCAGCAGUGGCGGCAGCUGUGGCAACAGCGGCGCCAAACACGCCGCCAUCAUGCAAACGCCGCUCCUCUCAGUGCAGACCACCGGCCACAUCAUUACCAAGGACCAUGAACUGAGAACGCUUGCUAAGCUCUCUGGCAGCGAGCCAGUAUGAAUCAACUGGAUUGAGGUCAUCAUCACAGUAUUGUUGUGC